AUGGAUGAACUUGAAACAAUCACCAUGGAAAUGAUGCUAGGCAAACCUUUAGACCAAAAGACUGAGAAAUCCUCAGGACUACAUGGCUUUUACCCUAAGGUUGUAAAAGAAGUGACAACACAGAUUGUGGAAAUAACACUACAGGAUAUUAAUGACAACCCUCCUGUAUUUCCCACUGAUGCAUUGGAUGUCAUCAUUGAAGAAAACAUCGGAGAUGGAUUUCGAGUACUACAGCUGUCAGCUACAGAUGCAGAUGAGGGUCCAAAUGCCCUCGUGACAUACACAAUUAUUAGUGGGGCGGACAACAGUUUUCGUAUCGACCCAGAAUCCGGGGAUCUUCUAGCCACAAAGCGGUUGGACCGGGAGCGCCGCUCCAAGUAUUCUUUACUGGUCCGGGCUGAUGAUGGGCUGCAAUCCUCAGAUAUGAGGAUCAACAUCACCGUCAGUGACGUCAACGAUCACACACCGAAAUUCUCCAGGGAUGUGUAUUCAUUUGACAUACCAGAGGACACUGCACCGGGCUCAAUCGUGGCAGCCACUUUGGCCAGUGAUGCAGAUUCCGGGACGAAUGGGGAAAUCACAUACAUGGUAGAAGAGGAUGAUAAAGAUGGGGUGUUUUUCCUCAAUUCUGUGACUGGUGUUUUCAAUCUGACGCAAACCCUGGAUUAUGAGAAGCAGCCAUAUUACAUUCUCACUGUUCGAGCAGAAGAUGGUGGUGGACAGUUCAGCACAGUCCGAGUUUAUUUCAAUGUGCUGGAUGUGAAUGAUAAUCCUCCAGUUUUCAGUCCAGCUACCUACAGCACUGCAGUGUUGGAAAAUCUUCCCCCUGGAUUAAGCAUUCUAACUGUAAAAGCAACUGAUACAGAUGAUGGACCCAAUUCCCAGUUGGCAUACAACAUUGCAUCUGGAGAUUCACUGCAGCAUUUUGAGAUCAAUGACAAUGGUGUUCUAACUAUUAAGCAACAGCUUGAUCGGGAAAGCCAAUCUUUCUACAACCUGCUGAUUCGGGCUCACGAUUUAUCUGCCCUCCCAGCAAGUCGGCUUACGAGCACAGCGCAAGUGUCAGUGAUUCUGUUGGAUGUCAAUGACAGCCCACCCAGGUUUAUUUCAUCUAAGAUGGCCUACAUGCAGGAAAACUCGCCAAUGAACACAAUUGUCUACAAAGCUCAAGCCACUGACCCUGACAGUGGACCGAACAGUUACGUUGAGUACACACUACUAAGCCACGCAGGAAACACGUUUAGCAUCGGGACAAUAGAUGGAGAAGUACGACUGAUGGGUGAACUUGACAGGGAAGAGGUAUCGAAUUAUACAUUGACUGUGCUUGCUACAGACAAGGGUGAGCCUCCACUCUCUUCAACAAUGGACGUUACUGUGAUCGUGCUUGAUGUAAAUGAUAACCCUCCUGUCUUUGAACAACUUCUCUAUGAAGUUGAGCUUAGUGAAGAUACACUUAGUGGUGUUGAUCUCAUCCAAGUUACUGCAACAGAUUUAGAUGAAGGAGCUAAUGGUCAGAUUCGCUACCACAUUGCCCAUGGCAAUCUAAACAAUGAUUUUCGAAUUGACUCCGUUACGGGUGUAGUAUCAGUCGCCAAGCAACUUGAUCGGGAAACAACACCCUCGUAUAAUCUGAUUGUCCAAGCAGUUGACCGUGGAAGCAGCCCUCAAUCUGCAACAGCUGUAGUAAACAUUAAUCUUGCAGACAUGAAUGACUUUCUCCCAGUUUUUGAACUAUCGCCCUACAGUGUGCAUGUACAAGAGGGUACACAGAGUCUGCCAAUGUCCAUCUUGCAGGUUGUAGCUCGUGAUGAUGACCAAGGGCUAAACAGUCAGCUGACAUACACCAUCGUUGGUGGGAAUGGAAAAGGAGCUUUUACUCUGACACCCAGUGGGCAGCUAAGUCUGGUCACGAACCUAGAUCGGGAAACCAUGGCACAGUUUGUCCUGACUGUUAUUGCUACAGAUGCAGGAUCUCCAGUUCUUACUGGCACAGGCACUAUCAUCUUGAUUGUUGAUGAUGUCAAUGAUAAUAUUCCAGAAUUUGCUUACAAGACCUACCAUGCCACGAUUGCCGAAGAUGUUCCAACGGGGACUGAUGUCUUACUUGUAAACGCCACUGAUAUUGAUGAAGGUUCAAAUGCAGUUAUUAGCUAUAGCCUGGUUGGUGGCAACUCCCAGUUUUCCAUUAAUCCGUCUACUGGACAAAUUAUCACAAGUGCUCUGCUGAACAGAGAAAGCAAAGAAAUGUACAGUCUUGUAGUGGUAGCUACCGAUGGGGGCAUACCUCAAGCCAUGUCCAGUUCAACCACUGUGUUUAUAACAAUUUCAGACAUCAACGACAACCCUCCGAAAUUUCGUCACUUCCCAUAUGUUACUCACAUCCCAUCACCUACAAAUGCAGGUUCAUUCGUGUUUGCUGUGACAGUUUCAGAUGAUGAUGAAGGCCCCAAUGCUGAACUCCAAUAUUCCUUGACAGGCCAAAAUGCGGAAAGAUUCCAGAUUGAUCCAAGUCGCGGUGCUAUCAUGGCUGCCCAGAAGUUAACUGGAGGCACUGACAUAACUAUUACAGUCAAUGUUAAAGACAAAGGAAUUUAUCCAAUGUCCGACUCCACCACUGUGACAGUGAGAUUUGGAAAUAAGGCCGAUUUUCCUCACAUAAAUGCAGGGCAACAGUCUUUUACAUUCCCAGAAGACCAGAAGAUUGAUACCUAUAUUACAACAAUGUCAGCUUCUUCAACAAGAAGUCCUGUAAGAGGAUCCUUAUCUUACUAUAUUGCUAGUGGUAACCUCGGUGAUGUCUUCCACAUUGAUCAACUGACAGGGAAACUCGUUCUCAUAAAGUCUUUAGAUUUUGAAGCCGUUCAGAAUUACGUUCUGUGGAUUGAAGCCAGAGAUAUGGGAUACCCUCCGUAUUCUUCAUAUAAGCAAUUGAAUAUCACAGUGCUAGAUGUCAAUGACAAUGCACCAAUUUUUAAGCAAGAUCCUUUCAUGGCUAAUGUAAUGGAGAAUACCUUCUCACACAAAAUAAUCACUGUUGUAGCAGAAGAUAAAGACAGUGGUCCCAGUGGUCAAAUAGAGUAUUCCAUACUGGAUGGUAACAGAGGCAAUAAUUUCAAUAUCAACAGAGAAACUGGAGAGAUCAGAAAUACCAAACGUUUGGACAGGGAAAAGAAGGCCCAGUAUACAUUAACUGUACAAGCGACAGAUAAAGGAGCUUCCUCAAGUAGCUCUGUGUGCCAAGUUAUUGUCAAUGUCUUGGAUGAAAAUGACAAUGCUCCAAGAUUCUCACAAAUAUUUAGUGCUCAGGUGCCUGAAAAUGCUGCUAUUGGUUACACUGUGACUCAUGUUACCACUUCAGAUGAGGAUACUGGAGUGAAUGCUGUUAGUCAGUACUCUAUACGAGAUGUAAGUCUUCCCUUCUCCAUUAAUGCAAAGACUGGAGAUAUCACUGUUAGCAGGCCUCUGAAUCGGGAGGAUGUGGAGCGCUACACAGUCAAAGUUUAUGCCCAUGAUUCUGGGUGGACAGUGAAUACAGACAUUACUGUUUUUGUGACAGACGUAAAUGAUAAUCCCCCACGAUUUACUCAAACCUCAUACUAUCUAGAUUACCCAGAGCUCACAGAGGUUGGCUCCAGUGUUACUCAGGUAGUAGCUACAGAUCCCGACAGUGGCCUUAAUGGUCAAGUGUUUUAUUUCAUAAAGUCACAGUCAGAAUUUUUCAGAAUAAAUUCUAGCACUGGAGAGAUCUACACCAAACAAUACAUAAAAUAUCACAAUUCGUCAAGUUCUAACAAUCUGAAUAUAAACAGGCAUAGCUUUAUUAUAACAGCCUCAGACAGAGGUAGAAUUCCCUUGAUGAGUGAAACUACAGUCAUUAUCAACAUUGUUGACAGUAAUGACAAUGCACCACAGUUUGAAUCUGAUAAUUACUUUACUCCUGUUACUAAGAAUGUCAAGGUUGGUACACGGUUAAUCAAAGUCACUGCAGUGGACGAUAAGGAUUAUAACUUAAAUUCGGAAAUAGAGUACCACAUUACUGGUGGAAACAGUUCAAAUCAAUUCACACUGAACAAGAAUAAUGGUUGGGUUUCUGUUGCUUCCUCUCUGAGAGCCAAUGUGAAUAAAGUGUUUUUAAUCAUAAUCACAGCAAUGGAUAAAGGCAAUCCCCCACUGUCCACAACAUCCACUGUUCGUAUUAUGGUGACUGAAGAGAACUUGCACACGCCUCAAUUCUCUCAGAGCCACAUUAGCAUCACAGUUCCUGAGAACCUUGCCAUUGGAACAGUAAUCAGAACUAUUUCAGCCAGAGAUAAAGAUGCUGAUAUGAAUGGGUUAAUUAGAUAUAAUAUUUCUAAAGGAAAUGAUGCUAAAUUGUUCUCUAUUGUUAAUACAACGGGAGCGAUAUCUCUAGUCGGACAUUUGGAUUAUGAAACUCAACAAAUGCAUGAACUGACUAUAAGUGCUGAAGAUGGAGGUUGGGUGAAAAGAGCUGGCUACCUCAGCAUGACCGUUCACGUUACUGAUUCGAAUGAUAAUGCACCACUGUUCAGUCCAAAUAAGUAUUUUCCAAUUAUAUCAGAAAAUGCCCCAAGUGGUACCAUCGUCGUCCAGUUAAAUGCCACAGAUGCAGAUUCUGGAGCUAAUGCUGUCAUAGCUUAUGCAAUUGAGACGAGUGACAGUGAUCUUUUUGUCAUUGAUCCAAACACUGGAAUCGUCACAACUCAAGGCUUUUUGGACUUUGAAGUGAAACAGAGUUACCAGUUGUAUGUGAAAGCCUUUAAUGUCCCAGAUGAGGACCAUUUUAGCUUUGCUGAUGUUUAUGUGCAGCUCAGUGGUGUAAAUGAGUACGUUCCGCGUUUUGUGUCCAGACAGUAUAGCUUUGAGGUUUCAGAGGCUGCUUUAAAAGGUACCACUGUUGGGGAAGUAUUUGCAAGUGAUCGAGACCUUGGGAAUGAUGGAGUUGUCACCUACCUGCUUGUUGGUAAAAGCAGAAGCAAAGGAUUAAGGAUUGAUAAAAACACCGGACAAAUUUAUGUAUCAGGGCAACUUGAUCGGGAAAAGGAAGAGAAAAUUUCUUUGAGAGUUCUGGCUAAGAAUGCCGGAAGCAUCCGUGGAUUUGAUGUUGAUGAAGUCUUUGUGAAUAUUACUGUACUGGAUGCCAAUGACCCUCCUGUUUUCACAUCCGAGGAGUACACUGUGCAGAUUAAUGAGGGGGCAGCACCUGGAGCUCAUGUCAUUUUUGUAAGUGCCUUUGAUUCUGACUCGGUUCCCAGUUGGAGCAGAUUCACUUAUCACAUUGGAGCUGGAAAUGAAAAGGGUGCCUUUUCUAUUGACUCACAGUCCGGGCAGGUUUCAGUGGCAGCAGAACUGGAUCGUGAGUCCAUACCCAUAUACAACCUCUCUAUAUUAGCUGUUGAUACAGGAGUGCCUUCAGCCACAGGUAGCACCUAUUUGCUUGUCAACCUGGAGGAUAUUAACGACAAUGGACCUACUUUAAUAUCUGCAACUGGAGAAGUUGCCGAGAACCAACGUGCAGGGGCUGUCGUGAUGACACUUAAUGCCACUGAUCUGGACCUUCCACCAAACCAAGGUCCUUUCUCCUACCAUUUACUCAGCACAGGCCCUGCCACCAGCUACUUCAGUUUAAGCUCUGGGGGUAUCCUCACGACAACCAGAGAAAUUGACAGAGAACAGAUCAGUGAUUUCCAUUUGUCAGUGGUCACUCGGGAUUCCGGCACACCACAGAUGUCUUCCACAGGUACUGUGCAUGUCGUAAUCAAUGAUCAGAAUGACAACCCAUCCGAGCCAAGAACAGUAGAGAUAUUUGUUCACUAUUUUGGAAACCUGUUUCCUGGUGGGAUCUUGGCCAGCGUGAAGCCCCAAGACCCAGAUAUAUUGGACACUUUCCAGUGCACUCUGACUAUGGGGUCUACAACUCUUUUUAACAUCCCAGCAGGUACUUGCAAUCUAAACUCACAGCCAAGGUCAACAGAUGGAAGUUUUGAUCUAAUUGUCCGUAGUAGUGAUGGAUUGCACAGUGCCGUCAACAACAAUGUCCAUGUUUUCUUCACUGGAUUCAAUAAUAUGACGAUAGACAAUAGUGUCCUUCUUUCCCUAAAUAUUGCAACAGUCAAAGAUUUUCUUACCAACCAUUACCUUCACUUCUUACGGAUUGUUAACUCUCAACUCUCGCGAAUGGGAACUACAAUACAGAUCUAUGGUUUUUACGAACAGAAUGAGAAAACAUAUAUAAUGGCAGCUGUGAAACGAUUUGGCAAUCAGUAUGUAAGCCCCAGUGGGGUAGCCACUUUUUUUGAAAGCAUUAAGGAAACCUUAUUCAGACAGAGUGGAGUACGAGUCGAUUCUGUGGACCACGACCCUUGUACUAACGAGCCGUGUCAGAAUGGUGGAAGCUGUGUGAAGAGGCUGGCUGUCAGCCCAUCACUACAAAGUGAAGAAAGCAUCCCAGUGAUUAUUGUGGCCAAUGCAGCUCUCAAACCAUUCAUCUGUCGAUGUCUGCCAGGAUACUCUGGACAUGCCUGCGAAACAGACAUAGAUGAGUGCCUUCCAUCCCCUUGCCACAAUGGUGGAACCUGCCAUAAUUUAUUAAGUAGAUUUUCAUGCACUUGUCCAGAAGGGUUCAUGGGCACUGCUUGUGAAAGGGACAUCAACGAAUGUCAGUCGAAUCCUUGCAAAAGUGGUGGAACUUGCCAGAACUUCCCGGGAGGUUUUAGCUGUGCAUGUAAAGCUGGAUAUACAGGUAAAACAUGUGAUUCCACUAUUAACUACUGUGAAUGCAACCCAUGUUUUAAUGGAGGAACCUGCCAGAAUCAAGCUACUGGUUAUUACUGCCACUGUCCAUUUGGUGUCUUUGGGAAGCACUGUGAACUGAACAGUUAUGGAUUUGAAGAACUGUCUUACAUGGAGUUUCCUAGUCUGGACCCAAACAAUAAUUACAUCUAUAUCAAAUUUUCCACUAUUAAAGAAAACUCUUUGUUAAUGUAUAACUACGACAAUCAGACAGGAAACAAGGCUGAAUUCCUGGCUCUGGAAAUAGUGGAAGGCAAGAUGAAAUUCUCAUUCAACUUAGGGAGUGGAGCACACAGACUGAUGACGACUAAGAAGGUCUCUGAUGGACAAUUUCACACUGUGGUUGCUAGAAGGGCUGGAUUAGUGGCAUCUCUCACAGUAGAUUCCUGUUCUGAAGAUCAGGAUUCCGGUUACUGCACAGCGACCAGCUUGACAUCAGCAACUGAUUGGACCUUAGAAGUGCAACCCAACAGACUAACAGUGGGAGGAAUCAGAUCCAUAGAACCAAUUCUUCAAAGGAAAGGACAAGUGGUCACCCAUGACUUUGUUGGAUGUGUGAUGGAAUUUGCUGUUAAUGGUCGUCCAUUGGAACCCAGUCAAGCUUUGGCAAGCCAUGGAAUUCUGGACAGGUGUGUCCGAGUAGAAGGUGUUUGCCUAAAUAAUCCCUGCCAACAUGACAGCUCGUGUGUGGAUUACUGGUCAUGGCAGCAAUGUAACUGCAAGCAUGGAUUUACAGGGAAAUAUUGUGAAAAAUUGAUCAACGUGGACACUGCAUUGUCACUGGAUGGUAGAGGACGCCUGGACUAUACAAUAAAUCAGAAUCAGAAACGAGACUAUUUAGUAAAGCAGAGUAUGAAAGGACAGCCUCCAGAUCCUGUGAGUGCAAGCAGCCUGGACAUAAAGUUCAGAACAAGAAGCAAAAAUGGCAUUUUAAUUCAUGUCCAGGAAAACAGCAAUUAUACUACUGUGAAGGUGAAAAAUGGGAAAGUACAUUACACCUCUGAUGCUGGAGUUGGUGGAAAAGUAGAGAGGAAUAUUCCUGAAAUUUCUGUUUCAGAUGGCCAGUGGCAUACUAUUGUGAUUCAGAAAAAUGGAUCCAUUACCACCUUUUCAGUUGAUAAGAUGUAUACGAGAGAAAUACUUCAUAUCACCCAGGAUUUUGGAGGAUUGAAUGUCCUCACAGUUUCCCUUGGAGGCGUACCUCCGGGACUGAAUUACCAAAGCACUGAUCCAGAUUUUGAUGGCUGUAUCUCUUACGUGACAUACAAUGGAGAGACACUGCCCUUCACUGGGCAGCACAAGGAUGUUACAAUAUUGAAAAGCGACCCUUCUGUUAAGACAGGAUGUAGAGGUCCUAACGUGUGUGCAAGUGACCCAUGCUCAGGGGGACUGAUGUGUGUGAACCAAUGGUAUGCAUAUGAUUGUGUCCCACCCGGAGAAUGUGCUUCCAGUCCUUGUCAGAAUGGAGGGAGCUGCGAACCGCUUCCACAAUCUGGAUUUACCUGCACUUGCCCUGAACUCUAUACCGGUGAAACCUGCAAGACAGUGGUGGCGUGUGUCGGUGUUCAGUGUCCCUCAGGAACUAUUUGCAGAGCUGGGGUGGAUGAAGGCUACACCUGCAGUGCUAAACCACAAACAGAGGAGCUUUCUUUGCCACUCUGGGCUGUCCCUGCGAUAGUUGGCAGCUGCGCCACGUUCCUCGCUCUCGUCGUCCUUGGUCUGAUUGUGUUUAACCAGUGUCGAGGCAGAAAGGCAAAAGUUCAAAAGGACGGGAAGUCAAACAAGAAGAAAGAGAAAAAGAAGAAAGGGAGUGAGAAUGAAGGCUUCGAUGAUCCAGAUCAUCUCCCUCCAUAUGAUGAGGAGCUGACUGUGAGAAAGCAGCCUGAGGGAGUUCCAAAACCUGAUAUAAUUGAAAGGGAAAAUCCCUACUUGAUCUUCGACGAGACAGACAUCCCACACACGACAGAUACAUUGCCAAGUGGGCAGCCCUGUAUAGGCCCUGAAACAGAACUUGAGCAUUAUGACAUUGAAAAUGCCAGCAGCAUCGCCCCUUCAGAUGCAGACAUUAUCCAACACUAUAAGCAUUUCCGUAGUCAUACCCCUAAAUUUUCCAUCCAAAGACACAGUCCACUGGGGUUUGCCCGACAAUCGCCCCUCCCACUAGGAGCGAGCAGUUUAAGCUAUCAACCUUCCUACAGUCAAGGAUUGAGAACAGCCACACUGAGUCACAAUACAUGCCAAAAUCCUAACCCGAUGUCUCGGCAUAGCCCUGCACCAUUCUCAAAGCCAGGAACUUUCUACCGUAAUAGCCCAGCAAGAGACUUGCACCUAGCAAGAAGGGAAGGAAGCCCUAAUGAUGUACAUUCAGAUGUUUGCCAGCCUGGUAUUUUUAAUUAUGCUUCACGACUAGGAAGGAGGAGCAAAAGCCCCCAGACCAUGACCAGCCAUAGUCAUGGUUCAAGACCCGGCAGCCGCCUAAAACAGCCGAUUGAGCAGAUUCCUCUGGAGACCACACCUCCUGUAGGAUUGUCCAUUGAGGAGGUUGAAAGACUCAAUACCCCUCGCCCUAGAAACCCAAGUAUCUGUAGCGCAGAUCAUGGACGGUCAUCCUCAGAUGAUGACUGUAGAAGACCUCUUUCCAGAAUGAGAAACCCAGCUGAUGGUACGCCUGCCCCAGAAUCAUCUUCAGACAGUGACUCCCACGAGUCCUUCACCUGCUCUGAGUUUGAGUACGACAGGGACAAGCCUGCCGUUUACACUUCACGAGUGCCAAAAUUGUCUCAAGUCAAUGAAUCUGACGCAGAUGAUGAAGACAAUUAUGGUGGCAAACUGAAGCCACGGAGAUAUCAUGGUCGUAGGGCAGAAGGAAAUUCUACAGUCCUACAGGCAAGUCAUGAAGACUAUAAGACACAACCCAAGCUUGGACCACAUGGAGCUGCGGCAGGAGCUUUUAACUGGGACAGUCUAUUAAAUUGGGGUCCUGGGUUUGGGAAUUAUGUGGAUGUUUUCAAAGAUCUUGCAUCACUUCCAGAAAAUGUAUCAACAGAGGCAAAAGAAGAAGCAUUAAACACUGUUGCACAAAGUGCAGCUACAUCUAAUGAUGCAGAGGCAGAAGAAUAUGUAUAGAUAUAAUUUAUAUAGACUGUUAACUUUAAUACAUUAAUAGCUGCAAUUCACUGUCAGUGAGAAGCUGUGUACUGGAACCCUUUCAAAACCAUGUCCUGCUCUCAUCAACCUUUGCCAGAAGCUGUAGCUCAUAAUUUUCUGCUGAUGAAGAAUUUUGUUCUGAGAUGAACAUUGUCUUUCAGGGUUCCACUACAUUUACAGCACAUGAAGAACAAUUGCAUUAAAAGCACAUAAGGAUCACAGUGAUGUUUGUGUUCCUCAGUUGCGGAAUAUUUUUCCUGACUUUUUCUUUUCAGAACUGAAAACAUAUGUGUUUGAUCUAUUUGAGCACAGUGUGUUUAUUAUUCAGCCACUGGCACUAAAACAGCACACAAGUUGGCUAGAAAUUGAAAUAGUUGUGCCAAUGUUGGGAGAGUGUUUCAGAACUGCCUUGGUAUAGAUUUCUCUCUCCCUCCCCUCACCUUCCGCUAUACAUUAGUCUGUCUUCUCAAUGGGUGCAGUUUAUUCUGUCAUAAAGUAAAUGUAUCAGCACCCAGUAGAACUAUGUGAACUGUUCAGUCUAGCAUUGGAGAAAGAUUCAUUUUGUUAUUUUAGCGUUAGGAAAUAUUGAUCUCACUUGCUUAAAAAGCAGUGUUCCCCUCCAUUGUUUGAUAUGGGGCCAAUAUGAGGGAAAACUUCAAAAAAUAUUUGGCCUAGUUUGGGAUAGAGCUAACCUUCAAAAUUCUGGUGCAAACUUUAAAUUCUUUUCUGUGUUCUAUUUUCAGGCAUCUUACUUUUAUACCAUUUUAGUACCCUGUAACGUUUUUUUAAAAAGACAGCUCUGUUUGUUACUGAUGAUAUUUUCUUAUGAAGUUUAAAGAAAAAUGGUUCAUGUUUCUUACUUUCAGGGAAGGUAAGA